GUGAAAGGAGUUAAAAAACGGGUCAAAGCGAAAAAAAUCACUUCUCCACGGUGCCGAUCUCCAACCUUCUCCACCGACCAACCGACGCCGGCAUCGCCACUCCUCUUCGCCGCAACGACGCUCCUCCGCUCGCAUCGCUGCUUGAAGAUCGAUGGCUUCCGCGCAGAUUUACGGUCCUGGAUUGGGAAUGAGAUCGAGCAUGAAACCAUCCCUGGCAGCGAUUCGCCCUUCACUACCCUUGCGCACUAUGGAGUUCAGGAUCAAAUGUUUCAAAGUCCCUUCCGUUAGGGUUAUCAACAUCAGCAACAGAAAGUUUUAUGUUUCCAUGCGCGCCAAUCGACGUAACUCUCAAAGCGAUUUUGAGGCCAGUACUGAUACAAUCUAUCCAGAGGAUAAGUUCGAUAAAUCUGAAUCCAUCGAGUCUAAUCCAGUUGUGCAAGAGGCCACUGCUCCAACCCAGAAAACUGCCAGAAUACAUGAUUUUUGCUUGGGAAUCCCGUACGGUGGAUUUCUAUUUUUCGGCGGGUUGCUCGGAUUUGUUUUAUCCAGAAAUCCUACUGGUUUGAUAUUUGGAGGUGUUAUAUCAGCUCUGAGUAUAUUUAGCCUAAUCGUAUGGAGCUCUGGAGGAUCCAGCAUACCUUUCAUUUUGGGCCAAACAGCAAUUUCAGUCGCGUUUUUCUGGAGGCAUUUGCAGGCAUACUCCUCGUCGAAGAGGUUCUUCCCUGCAUCACUCUACCUAGCAUUAAGUGCGGCAAUGGUCUGCUUCUAUUCCUACGUGCUGCUCUCCGGUGGAAACCCACCGCCGAAGAAGUUAGCAAAAGCGAAAGCUCCCUCGUCCUAGUAGUAACUUUCGCAAAUCUAUACUAAAACUACCAGAGCUUGAGGAUUGUUGUUUUGAUAUAAGUCAAAGGGUAUCUAUACAGUGAGAGAUUAGAUUCAUUAUGACAAAUGCCCUGAUGCAGUCUUUUGAUACAUUGGAUAUAAUAAGCAAUUUAAUUCAUCCAAAGAUUCACAUAAAA